AUGACUGAACUUGCUCGCCGUCUCGGGUUUGAGUCCACGGAGAUCGAUGGGUUAAUUAAGAGUUCUCCCGAUCAUCAGAUCGCGCGGUCGGCUCUGUUGCAGGCCCGAAAACCAGAUCGGUAUCGAUAUGACCGCGAGCAGUUCGAUAUCCUGAUUACCCGGCCACCAGAUCUUCUCGCGGAUAGUAUUGUGAAGCCGCGGGUUCGUGCCGGGGUGCCACAGACACGCACCCAGAAGCAAGAUAACGGCUUACUCUUCCUAGAUUAUCUACACACAGAUGUUGAGGUUACCGACACCAUCACCAGCUUCUUCGUCCGCCGUUGUGUUUAUUUUGCAUUUUUCGGAAAGCCUGCACAGAAUGGACUGGCUCCUGAUGGAGACCUACUUAUGGGGGAUGUGCCUCAGUUGCCGCUAUUUGUCGAAGAGGACGAGCCAUCUGAUAGCCAUGUGCCGACCCUAGCUGCAGCUUCUUCAAGUGUGCCAACUCGAGAAAGACAAGAGGAGUUACGAGGGGAUGGAGCUCAACCGAGGGAGGCGCAAAGCAUGGCACCCCAGCAACUAUCGAGGAGCGAGAAUGAACAGGAAACCCCAGAUGAAGAUAUGUCAGACCAAAGCAGCCCUCGUGAUGAAAGCCUUUCUCUUAGGGAAUCGAAUAUCAAACUAGCGCCGAUCAACUUGGCAACGGCUCCUACAUAUGAUUCCAACAGCUCUACUGGUCCUGGCGAUACAGAUGCUAUCAGUGACUACAUGAGGAUCUCCAUUAAAGCAGAUAGACCUGAGCAAGAUCUGGACGAAGGACCUUUGAUCGUUGUGCAACAAGAUGCUCUCAAUGAUCAGAAGAUGGCUAAUAAUUCACUUCAGCUUACCUCCCCAGAGUCCGAGGCAGACCAUUCGUCAAAUUCCGAUGGCUCUCCCAGACAACCAGCGUUGGAUGCAUACCUUGCCAAUUACGGAGAGCCCAGGAAGAGCAGGAACUAUUAG